UGUAAACAAGCUGUAAACAAGCUGUAAAACUGUAACAGUUACGGCUAAUUUUAAUCGUAAUUCUAACCUUUAAUCAGAAUAAGGUUCUCGAAAGGGCGCGCAGGCUGGAGCUAUAUAUGUAAACUUAGCUAGCAGUCUCCAUGGUGUCCACCUCAUCCUCCAUGUGUUUGUAUGAGUCUCCUGCAGUGCGUCCUCUAGCGAGAAUAAGGAACGCCUGCGUCCUGCUAGGCUGUAGGUCAGCAGGAUUAAGCUCUCAUGACUUUGGUGUAUUGCUGGGAUCGAACCUCAAAAUCCUCAAAAAUAUUAUUCUGCAGGAUGGUGCUGAAUUCACAAAGGUGUGGACAAAAUCGUCAAAGUCUCUCAUCUUGUAUGAAAGUGGAAGGAUAUACUUUGAGAAUUAUAGGUGCUGCUACAGUAGCCUGACACCUCAACCACAGCUGUUGUAUGAGUUACCAAAGCGUCCUAAAGCUGAGAAGAUUGAGGAUUCCUUAUUAUUCCAGUGUCCACUUGAGAAAGUGCUCCCAUCAGCCAAGGAUCAGAAACCCAGCCUGCUGGCACUAACAGCAAAUAACUGGUUGUAUCACCUCUCAGCUGACACAGGAGAAACACUGCACAAAAUCUACCUCUCAUCUCAUUUCAAAUUCAGGUCGCUGGCAUGGGAUGUCUGUCAGGAAACAUUUUAUGUCAAGUCCAGUCAGCAUAAACAGACGUCAAUAGCACGACAGGCUGGUGUUGAUAACGUACUUCUGCAUUUGGCCAUAUUUAAAGUCGCUCCUCUUAAUGUCAUUGGACUGCUGGAGAUCAACAAAAAAGUCUUUGGCAAAACGGUGAUAGAUGUUCUUUUGGCUCAAGGAGUCUUGGCGGUGUCACAUAGCUCAAAAUGUGUAAAGCUUUACAACUUUGAAUACAUUGUGAAAAAGUUCAGAACUAAAAAGCUAGUGCUUGGACAUCAGUGUGAUUUAAAUAGUACUAUUGGAAUAGUAGGAGAUGCUCCCUAUGGCAUUCCGAUCAACAUUCUCAUUACAGAGUGUCCUCCAGCACUUUUUGAGAUGUCUUACUUGGACAAUGGGAUCCAGAUCGGAGGCCAUCCAUGGCAUUACAUUUAUACACCCAACCAUAAGAGACACAGGGGAACACAUCACAUCUGCUCUAUCACCAAUGGCACCUUGGCAAAGAAUGGUGUCCAGAAUAUGAAGUGUGACUCGCUGGAGGCAGACUGGAUCUUCUUCCACCCUGAUGACUCGGGGAGGAUUAUCCACGCUGGACCCACCAAUAUAAAUAUUUUGAAGAUUAGACCGGAGACAGGAUGUGACUUGCACUAUGAGGUGGUUUGUGAUUUUGCAAUCAUUGCAUCCCGAGACAGCAGUGCCACCUCCCAAUUGACAGUGACCUCCUCUGGCCGCACAGUAAAGAAAAGGUUUCAGCAGCUGGACGAUGAUUCUAUACAAGAGACAUUUAAGAUGGUUAAAUAUGAGGAUGAGCUGGAUCUGCUAGCUGUAGUGGAUGUCAGUCACUCAGGGGAUGAGGGACAGGCCUGUGUUCGUCUCCAUCACAAUAAAAGUGGUGAAUUACUCCAGAAAACUGUCCUUCAGGAACCUUGGGAUGUGACUUACAGCCAUGAAGUCUAUUUCGACAGGGACACAAUAAUUCACAUUCAACAAGAAAGGAACAAUAGUUACUGCUGCCAUGUUUAUAAAAUAAAGCGAAGGACAAACUGACGAACUGCCAACAUGAACUGACAUACUUGUUUCACUGUAAAUAUCUUUAAAGGCCUUUAAUCUGAAAAAUAUUGUUUAUGUUUUUGUUAAAUUAUUUUCAUACUCUUUUUGAAACGUCAUGGGUUUUUGAGAGACCCUAGGGAUACAUGUGUUUGUACACUUGAUAAUGAUUUGUAUUCACUACAAUGCUCACGUUUAUCACCUUUUUUACUUUCUACAUGUUUCAUAUUUCUAGGAAAACACAAACUUGGCACAAUAUCAUGUACAAAAAUAGACUUCAAAUCUUAAAAUACAAAAACACCACAAAUCUGUCUCAAUAAAUUGAUUUAAUAAAA